GUCCCGGUGGGAGUUUCCGCAUUCCGCGGCGAGCUGAUGAGCAGGAGCGCAAGUGUCAGUAUCAGUGAGAAGACACCUCUGCAGUCAUUCCCAGGGGAAUACCGGACCAAAACCACGUAGCCGGGAUGCCUUACGUGCUUAUCAGUACGCAGAUCCGACUGGAGAGUGGUCCAACAAAUGUGGGAGAUGAGUUUUCUGAUCCAGCUGUCAUGAAUUACUUGGGAGCAAAGAAAACAACUGUGCUGGGAAACAAUUUUGCCGAAUACCACGUGACGGAGCCACCUCGCCUCGUGCUGGACAAACUGGAGAAGAUCGGCUUCCGCGUGGUGUCGAUGACGGGCGUGGGACAGACGCUGGUGUGGUGUCUCCAUAAGGAGCCGGAGUGACUGAUCAUGAAGCAGCUGGAUCAAAAUACCUCUCAAGGCCUCUGAACAGAUGAAUGAAUUGUGCCAUAAAGCUUUGUAAUCAGUUUUACAGACCUCUUUUAGCCACAACAAAUUUACAACCAUAGAAACAGGCCUGUGAAAAGUUAAAGUUAGCUUUCCCUUUUGAGAUAAUUCCUUCCAUGUUUCAGAUUACCUUCAAUAGGUGACAGGAUUUUAGGGGAAUUACAAAACCCCACUCUAUAGAUUUGAGAAGACCCAUUUCCAGUAUUGUUGUUUUUCAUUACCCAUGCGUAGGGCGUGGAGCGGUUUUAUUGUUUAUAUGACAUCAUAGCCUAAACCAGUUCUCCUUCUCAACAAAGUAAAAACUCUUAAAUACAUUUGUUCUUACGGCUCUCUGUGAAGAUGCUUUGUAUCAUAAUUAUGAUUAAAUUGUGUAAAUAUGUGGAAUAUUUGUUUCAUUACCAAUAAAAAAAAACGA